ACAACACAAACCCAUACCGCUAGACUACAAUUCAAUUCUUCUGCCACUUCUAAUUUUACACAUUGCAUUGGCUUACAUGCAUAACUGGGCAGCCAACCAUGAACUUCCACCUCUUCUUCUGAGCUCUGCCACUUUCAGCUCAACAGGUUUCAUGUAGGAGGAAAUGAGAAUCUAACUAUUCCCUCCGCUCUAAAGCUUUGACAAAUUCCUUGGCAUGGUCUGCAAGCCGAAAUCUAAAUUUGAUCAAAGAAGGUAGCAGGGGAGCUUGGUGCUUGAAGAAUCAUGGGUAGACUUCAAGAGGGAACAAUUAGUAAUACCGCACCUUCACUCAGGGUAUCAUAUUGGCCAUGAACUCAUUUGUUUACUGGAAUCUUGCAUCUUAGAAUUAUGGAACCAAACCUGGGCAAGGACAAAGUAAAACCAACUUCAACUCUGGUAUCUCGCUGCCUUGUUUGUUUGGACAAGAACAGUUGUCGAGUAGUUCGUUCAAGAACAAAGCUGAUGAAUAAUUUAAUUUCAAGAGGGAAGCCUCAUGAAGCACAUUCCAUCUUCAAUAAUUUAGUAGAAGAAGGACAUAGGCCAACUCUUAUCACAUACACAACUCUUGUAGCUGCCUUGACCCGCCAGAGGCGUUUUAAGUCAAUUCCCUUACUCCUGUCUGAAGUGGAGGAGAAUGGUAUGAAGCCUGAUUCAAUACUUUUCAAUGCCAUGAUCAAUGCUUUCUCCGAAUCCGGAAAUGUAAAUGAUGCCAUGAAAAUAUUUCGGAAAAUGGAGGAGAGUGGAUGUAAGCCCACAACCAGCACGUUUAACACCCUUAUCAAAGGAUAUGGAAUUGCUGGUAAACCUGAAGAAUCUUUAAAAUUGCUAGAGCUUAUGUUGCAGGAUGGGAAAGCCAAACCGAAUGACAGGACAUAUAAUAUACUGGUUAGAGCUUGGUGUAACAAGAAGAGAUUAGAUCAAGCCUGGAAUGUGGUAUAUAAGAUGGCUGCUUCUGGUAUACAACCUGAUGCAGUCACUUUUAACACACUAGCAAGGGCUUAUGCUGAGAACGGAGAGACCAGUAAAGCUGAAAGGUUGAUGAUGGAGAUGCAACACAACAAAGUGAACCCCAAUGAGCGUACUUGUGGCAUUGUUGUAAAUGGAUAUUGCAAAGAAGGUAACAUGACAGAUGCUUUAAGGUUUGUAUAUAGAAUGAAGGAUCUUGGAGUGAAUCCGAAUCUUGUCAUUUUCAACUCUCUCAUUAAGGGGUUUCUGAACAUUACAGACACUGAUGGAGUUGAUGAGGUACUGACAUUGAUGGAAGAAUUUGGGAUGAAACCAGAUGUAAUAACAUUUAGCACCAUAAUGAAUGCAUGGAGCUCAGCAGGACUAAUGGAAAAAUGCCAGGAGAUAUUUGAUGACAUGAUAAGGGCAGAUAUAGAACCAGACAUCCAUGCAUUCGGCAUUCUUGCAAAAGGCUAUGUGCGUGCCGGUGAUCCUGGGAAGGCAGAGUCACUUCUGAGUUCGAUGGGAAAAUCUGGUGUGCACCCAAAUGUUGUAAUCUUCACAACCAUCAUGAGUGGCUGGUGCACAGCAGGAAAAAUGGUGCAUGCUUGGGAUCUCUUUGAGAAAAUGUGUAAAAUGGGAAUCAGUCCAAAUGUUAAAACCUUUGAGACUCUAAUAUGGGGAUACGGGGAAGCUAGGCAGCCCUGGAAAGCAGAAGAUUUACUUCAUAUAAUGAAAGAGAAAGGGAUUGUUCCUGACAUGAGAACAAUCGAGCUUGUUGCUGAGGCUUGGCGUGCUAUAGGUUUGAUGGAUGAAGCAAUGAGACUCCUCAAUGAGUCAGAAGAAGAUUCAGAAGUCAUACUGAACAAGGUACCUGAGCAGAGUUUGGAGACCAUUAGUCGGAAAGAAACCUUGAGUACUUAUCCUAAUGCUUUGCAGAUACCCGGAGGAGCUGUUUCUGAUAACGGCAGCACUGCUGCUAAUAUAAGAGGCCAGAUGAUUUCAAAAAGAUUCCAGUUUUCAUCUGAAAGUAUGCAGAAUGUUACUAGAACCAUGUGCAUUACUCAUACUUCUGCACUGAGAGUGCAGCCAUUGGUUAUAUGCAAGAGGCAGUUUCAAAGUCAAGUUGGGAUAUGCAGGAUGUUUGAAAAUACAUGUAGAGUGGUGUAUAUAUGUUAACGAAGAAGAAGCAAGACAACAUGAUGCGACACGGACACAUAUAAGUUCUCUUUUGUUAUUCUUCUGAUGUGGGACUUCUUCAACAAUCCCCCAGAACAGUUCCAUGUGAUCAUGUGGUUCCUACCUAUGAAGCCUUUCAUAUGUUUCUUAGAUUCAGAUUGUUCGUGAU